AAAAAAGAAAAAAAGAGGCUGGGCACGGUGCCUCACGCCUGUAAUCCCAGGACUUUGGGAGGCCGAGGCGGGCGGAUCACGAGGUCAGGAGAUUGAAACCAUCCUGGCUAACACGGUGAAACCCCGUCUCUACUAAAAACACAAAAAAUUAGCCGGGCUUGGUGGCAAGCGCCUGUAGUCCUAGCUACUUGGGAGGCUGAGGCAGAAGGAGAAUCGCUUGAACCCAGGAGGCGGAGGUUGCAGUAAACCGAGAUCCAGCCUGGGCGACAGAGCGAGACUCCGUCUCAAAAAAAAAAAAAAGGUUAAAGAAAAAAAGAAAAGAAAACACGAGAUAAUCCUGUCCGCAAACGCUUAGCAGUCUUAAAUCGGCCUGGUGGAAGGGUGCAGGGACACUCCCCCACCCUGCCCCCCGAAAAAGGGGAACGCGCAGCGCGAGGUUCCGGGUCCGCCAAGCUCCCGGCAUGCAGCGCGGCGAUCCCGGCGAGCACCUUGGCGCGCGGAGCUGGCACCUUGGCGCUGUUGGUGGCGGCGGAGACAGCUGUGAAGUGAAGGAUGCCAAUUCUGCGCUUCUCAGUAACUACGAGACGUUAAAAUACAUAUCAAAAACACCAUGCAGGCACCAGAGUCCUGAAAUUGUCAGAGAAUUUCUCACAGCAUUGAAAAGCCACAAGUUGACCAAAGCUGAGAAGCUCCAGCUGCUGAACCACCGGCCUGUGACUGCUGUGGAGAUCCAGCUGAUGGUGGAAGAGAGUGAAGAGCGGCUCACGGAGGAGCAGAUUGAAGCUCUUCUCCACACCGUCACCAGCAUUCUGCCUGCAGAGCCAGAGGCUGAGCAGAAGAAGAAUACCAACAGCAAUGUGGCAAUGGACGAAGAGGACCCAGCAUAGAAGAGCACAGCUGGCCCCGGCGUUUCAUGAAGUCAGAAGGCCUGGCAGCCGUUUCCUGGACGUUGAGAGGAUUGUUUAUUUGAUUUUUAUCCUCAUCCCAGCAGGCCUGGCUUUGUGGUUAGUUGGGUACAUCACAAAAAUAAGUUAAAAAGAAAUAUUUGUGCCUUGGGGAGAAGAAACAUGGUGAAAACAGGCUGAGGUUGUCAGGGCAGAGAGCUGAAGGUGGGGACAGUGACCGCGGACCCCUCUGUGCUUGAAAGAUUUCCUCCAUGGCCUUUGCCCCAGUUGUGGGGAGGUCUCUGUGCACAGCGGGGAAAAUGCUUGUGUCGCCUUUGGUGGGCCAUGUCCUAAUUAGUUUCAUCUGCUUCCCUGGGAACUUACUAAGCAGGGGCCCAGAGCACUGUUGGAAGUCUGGUUAGAGUCCCCACAGAGUUACUCUAAGUUAAAAUGAGCCACUGACCUUGGCUCACCUUAGAGGAAUUUCCUCGAGAACAACAGAGAUAAGAAAAGAACCGGCCUGGCCAAUCCUUCAACAGCUCUACAGCCCCUUUUCUCUGCUGGCAGGGGCUUUGUUUACCAGCUCACUAUUUAGGCUAAAUGUUAGGGACCAGAUCACUGCAGUUGAAAACAGGCACUCCAGGCUUAGUGACAGUGGCAGCAGAAACAGUGUUGGCUGCCUUUCUGACCACCCCACUUUCCUGCCCUGAGACAGCAGCCCAGGGCAGGUGCUUCAUAUUCAGACCAGGUGAGCCUCAUUUGCACAACAGUCAAAUUGUUUGUUCCUUUAAAAAGGACACAAUUAGCCUGGCACGGUGACUCAUGCUUGUAAUCCCAGCACUUUGGGAGGGCAAGGCAGGCAGAUCACCUGAGGUCAGGAGUUUGAGACCAGCCUCACCAACAUGGAAAAACCCCAUCUCUACUAAAAAAAUACAAAAUUAGCCAGGGGUGAUGGCACAUUCCUGUAAUCCCAGCUACUCGGGAGGCUGAGGCAGGAGAAUCGCUUGAACCCGGGAGGCAGAGGUUGAGGUGAGCCAAGAUUGCACCAUUGCACUGCAGCCUGGGCAACAAGAGCGAAACUUCAUCUAGAAAAAAGAAAAUAUUAAGAUGAUUACCAUGUGAAAACCUUUUUAAUAUUCAGGAUUUGGAAAGUAUAGUUGCCCCAGGCAUGGCAUGUGGUUGUUGCCUUAGAUCCUGCGAAUAUUGCUGAAAAUCGGAUUUUCCACAUUCACUUUCUUCCCUGUUUUAGGGAAGAAAAUGAUCAUAGACAUUCGAUUUUCCAAAUUGGCACUCUUCUUUUCAAUGCUAAUUGGAUUACUUCUCUUCCAACCCUCCUGCCCAUCCAUCCAUCCCAGUCCCCAGGCAUCUUAACCUUACCAUCUGAGCUUCAGCUGAAAUCUGUUUACAGGCAACAUUGAAAGUACCACAUUGGGGCCAGGUGUAGUGGCCCACACCUGUAAUCCCAGCACUUUGGGAGGCAGAGGCGAGCGGAUCAUGAGGUCAGGAGUUCAAGACCAGCCUGGCCAACAUGGUGAAACCCCAUCUCUACUAAAGAUAUAAAAAACUAGCCGAGCGUGGUGUUGCAUGCCAGUGAUCCCAGCUACUUGGGAGGCUGAGGUGGGGGAAUCGCUUGAACCGGGGAGGCAGAGGUUGCAGUGAGCCAAGAUCGUGCAUUGCACUCCAGCCUGGCCGACAGGGUGAGACUCCAUCUCAAAAAAGAGAAAGUACCAGCUUGUACUUUUAAAUCUGUCUAGCGUAUUGAGAAUUUUAGUGGGAGCUGUUGAUUUAUUUCUCAGGGCAUACAUGUGCCAAUCUGUCUCAUUGUUGUCUCUCUCUUUUUUUUUUUUUUUUUUUGAGACAGUCUCGCUGUGUCACCCAGGAGUGCAGUGGCACGAUCUCAGCUCACUGCAACCUCUGCCUCCCAGAUUCAAGCAAUUCUGGUGCCUUAGCCUCCUGAGUAGCUGGGACUUACAGGCACGUACCACUAUACCCUGCUAAAAUUUGUAUUUUUAGUAGAGACAGGGUUUUGCCAUAUUGGCCAGGCUAGUCAUAAUGUCUCUUUUUAACACUGAAUAUGUUAGGUGGUUUUUCUUGAUGGAUUUAGGGUUAACCUAGUUAAUAAUAAAUUGUUUCCAGGUAAUUAUCAAGUUUUGUCAUUUUAUAAAUCUGAAGAGUUAAUAUUGUCAUCGAUACAAAUAAAGUGAAAUCUGACUGAGGCUAAAA